AUGUUUCCUGGAGUCGCAGUCAUCACUGGGGCUGGUGGAACAGCAAAAGCGUUUGCGACAGCAGGAUGUGAGAGAAUCGCUAUUACAGACUUAAACGAAGAGUCCUUGCAAAAAACAGCAGAAACCAUCACUUCAACACACCCCAAGACCCAUCUCCUAGUGAAAGCCGGAAAUGUGGCAGAUGACCGAUUCGCAGAUUCGUUCAUCAACGCAGUCGUACAACAAUUUGGCCGAGUCGACUAUGCUGUGAACUGUGCAGGUGUCCUUGGCAAGCCAAUGCGGUCGGCCGAGACAACUCUUGAAGAAUUUGACCGUGUCAACAAUGUCAACUACCGAGGCUGCUGGCUGUCUUCUCGGGCAGAACUUAGACAAAUGGCAUCUCAAAGUGAACUCCCAAGUCAUGACCCCAACCGUCCUGGCCAGCGAGGCUCAGUGGUAAAUGUUGCUAGCCAGUUGGGAAUCGUCAGCCGUCCGGGUGCUCCUGCCUAUUGUGCAUCAAAAUCUGCUGUUAUUGGAAUGACUCGAGCAGAUGCCAUCGAUUAUUCCCAAGAUGGAAUUCGAGUCAACUGUGUCUGUCCAGGUGUGAUCGAGACACCACUCAUCAUGGAGAAGCCCGAGGUUCGGGCGGCCAUAACACCGGCAGUGGAGAUAGCUCCCAUGAAGAGAAUGGGGCAGCCGGCAGAAGUUGCCGAUGCAAUUCUUUUCUUGUGCUCAACACAGGCCUCUUUUGUACAGGGUCAUGCUAUGGUGGUUGAUGGUGGAUAUGUUACUGUAUAG